AUGCUGACUGUCUGCAGGCUGCUGAAGGACUACCCCGACCGUCUCGACCUCACCGUGUUCGGACUGGAAGAUGUCGACCCGAACGAGCGGUUCGCCAUUGGCCAUGAGUUCCUCGCUCAUCCCAAGAGAGAUUGGAGCAUCCAUGAUGUCGUCGAGUUCAUGCGCGCAACCUACUGUGGGAGCACGGCGGUAGAGUAUACGCACCUGUCCGACAGGUUCCAGAGGAGCUGGAUCAAGACGAUUUUUGAGCGGGGGAACCCAAGGAAGAAGCAGCGGAACGAAGAGGAGAAAGUGAAAGCUCUUGAGAUUCUGCUGCGGACUGACCAUCUUGAACGCUUCCUCGGAGACAAGUUUCCUGCUGUAAAAAGAUUCGGCAUCGAAGGUGCAGAGGCUGUCCUCCUUGGCCUCCAUGCCCUCGUUACAAGAGGAGCCGAGCUGGGUGUAGAGGGAGUUGAGCUCGGGAUGGCGCAUCGUGGCAGGUUGAAUGUUCUUGCCAACUUGUUCGGAAAACCUCUCGGAGCUCUCUGCAACGAGUUUACUGAGACUGAUGUCUCGAUGGGAGAUGUUAAGUACCAUCUCGGGACUUACGCAGUCAGGAACUUCCGGGGGAAACUUGUUCAUAUGAAUCUUGCGGCCAACCCUUCGCACUUGGAGGCUGUGAACUCUGUCGUCGUAGGGAAGACGAGGGCGAAGCAGUUCUUCAUCAACGACAAGGAGAUGAAGAGAGUCAUGGCUGUGCUGCUGCAUGGUGACGCUGCCUUCAGUGGUCAGGGGAUUGUAGCAGAAGUGAUGGAGCUGUCGGAGAUCCCAGCAUAUACAACUGGGGGCACAAUCCACGUCGUCAUCAACAACAUGAUCGGGUUCACCACUGACCCGCGUGCCUCCCGAUCGUCCUACCACUGCACCAACGUAGCCAAGGGUAUCGAGUCUCCGAUCUUCCACGUCAACGGCGAUGACGUCGAGGCCGUGAUCCACGUCUGCCGGAUCGCUGCGGAAUGGAGACAGACCUUUCACAAGGACUGUGUGGUGGACAUUGUUUGCUACAGGCGACAUGGGCACAACGAGCUGGACGAGCCUUCCCUCACUCAGCCUCUGACAUACUCGGAGAUCCGAAGACACCCGCCUGUCCUGCAGCUGUAUACCACGGUGAGGAUGAAGAUGUUGGCAGAUGUGCAACGAGUUUCAGCACAGGAAGCAGGUGAAGCAGCUUACUUCCUCGACCUCUCCGUGCCCAUCUCAUGCUCAUCUCAGUACAUUCCGAGGCCCUCCGAGUGGUUGGCGACGAACUGGCAGGGGGAAGCGAUCAGUGCACUUUGCUCAAGGCCCUUCAACCUUACUGGGGUUCCUCUCAAGACUCUUAAAGACAUCGGACUGUCAGCUUGUAAAAUCCCAGAGGACUUCAGUGCCCACCCGCAGGUGAAAGAUCUUUUCAUGCGGCGCCAGAAGAUGCUGGAACAUGGCGAGGCUGACAUGGCGCUGGCAGACAACUUUCUUUGUCCGUUCUCUCUUGCAACUUUCCUUCGACUUACCUCCCGUCACAGUGAGCGAGGAACUUUCAACCAGCGCCAUGCCGUCAUAUACGACCAGCGGACUGCUCAACCUUACACUCCUCUUAACAACCUCAACCUCGGCCCGCAAGCGACGUUUCAGGUUGUUUGCAACUCGAGCUUGUCAGAGGCAGCAGUGCUCGGGUUCGAGUACGGCUACUCGUUAGAGAGUGACUUAGCUCUUGUGAUCUGGGAGGCUCAGUUCGGGGACUUUGCGAACGUUGCUCAGCACAUCAUUGACAACUUCAUCGCAACCGGGGAGAGCAAGUGGGGACAGAAAUCAGCGCUGGUGCUGCUCCUGCCACACGGGUACGACGGGCAGGGCCCUGAGCAUUCGUCUGCGAGGCUCGAGAGGUACUUGCAGCUGGUGGACCAGGAUCCGGAUGUUGUCCCGGUCGAACUUCCAUUUUCACUGCAUGCGAUCUUGCAAACGAGCUGCGCUGAUAGCAAGCAGAUCAAUCCAUCCUCUCCUGCACAAUACUUCCACGUUCUACGUCGCCAGAUUCAUCGGCCGUACGCCAAGCCGCUGAUCGUGAUGUCACCUAAGUACUUGUUACACCAUCGGGCUUGCAGGUUCAGAAAUGAGAACAUGGCAUUGAUUGCAGUGAUGCAUGGCCCUGGUGACAACCUCAGGUCUAGGCAGUAUGAGCUCAACCCUUGCGACAAGAUUCGUCGCCUUGUCUUCUGCAGCGGGAAGUUCUUCUACGACAUGUACCAUGCGAGGUCCGCAAGGAAGGUCAGAGACAUCGCUUUCGUCAGGAUCGAGCAGCUCGCUCCCUUCCCCUUCGACCGGAUUGCUCGGAUUCUCCUCAUCUACCCCAAUGCUGAAUGCGUGUGGGCACAAGAAGAACCGAAGAACAUGGGAGCAUAUAUGUAUGUCCUCCCUCGUUUCAUGACAGCGCAGAAGAAGUUAAACCCAGAUCACGCACUGCGAGACUUGAAAUAUAUCGGCCGUCCGCCGUCCGCCUCUCCUGCUACUGGCCUCUACAGGGUAACUCGAACGGGGGGAUGA